ACGGAAAUUUGCAAAGCUUAGCCAAAUUUACACCCCAAAAAUUAAAGAAUAUAUUUAAACAAGCAAAUCAAAUUAAAUGCUCCAUGGAAGCGAAGAGCUCGCGAAAGAUGGACAACUACAGAUUCGGUGCUUUUGAUUAUGUCGUCUUUAUAGGAGUGACUAUAAUAUCCAUCGUCGUAGGACUUUAUUAUGGAUGGAUAAGAAAAAGCAAACAGAGUGCGGAAAACACCCAGUCAAAUGUUGUUUCACCCGAAAUAACAAAGCAAAACUUCGGAUCGGAUAAGAUGAACGAGUAUUUGAUGGGAUCGCGCAACCUGAAGGUUUUCCCUGUUGGAAUGAGUUUAUUAGCCAGCUUUAUUUCUGGAGUUGCAAUACUGGGAACACCUUCAGAGAUUUACUAUUUUGGCACACAAUAUUCUCUUAUUGUCGUGGCAAUCAUUAUCCAAGGAUUAGUUGUAUCGUUUAUCUAUUUACCUGUGUUUUCAGCUCUUCAAGUGAAAUCGUCGUUCGAGUACUUGGGAAUGCGUUUUCACUCAACUAUACGAAGCAUAGCUUCUAUACUUUUCGUCAUUCAAGUGCUGUUAUAUAUGCCCUUUCUUGUUUUUGUUCCGGCCUUAUCACUAAAUCAAGUUUCCGGGCUAAAUAUUUAUGCAAUAGAAGUGUUGAUUAUAGUGGUAUGCGCUAUAUACACUUUGUUGGGCGGUUUAAAGGCGGUGGUGCAUACAGAUAUCUGGCAAGUAGUGAUUAUGUUUGUUUCCGUACUGGUUGUGGCUAUACUGGCGACCAGUUACAUCGAAGAUCUAGAUGUUUUUUUUAAGAAAUUGGAGCAAGGAGGAAGACUUAUCUUCGGCAACACAAAUCCAUCGCCAUAUGUGCGUAACACCGUUUGGAGUGUCCUCAUCGGUAACACAUUCUACUGGACUUCAACGAACGCUGUUCACCAGUCGAUGGUUCAUCGAUAUAUGUCACUUCCCUCACUUAAAAUGGCCAGAGCUUCCAUUGCGUUCUUUGUGAUUGGAGCUGUCAUUUUCUACUCAAUUCUUUGCUUUAUGGGAUUGUUGAUCUUUGAUAAGUACCAGGAUUGCGAUCCGUUAAGCGCAGGUCUAAUCAUGAAUAACGAUCAGUUGGUGCCUCUGUUCGUGGUUCAGAGUGUCGGUCAUAUCUAUGGCAUGCCUGGCCUGUUUAUAGCCGGUAUUUUCGGAGCUGGCCUAAGUUCCCUAUCUGUUAUGUUUAAUUCUACUUCCCUGGUGAUCCUGGAGGACAUAGUCCGUGGUUGUUUCAAGAUGCAGCCAGGUGAAAGGGCAUCAGCGAUUUUGGUCAAGUCCAGCGUCGUUAUCUUGGGUGUUAUAACCUUUGCUUUACUAUUUAUUCUGGAGAAAGUGAGUGGCAUACUAAGCAUUUGCAUGUCGCUGGUGGCCAUUGCAACAAGCUCCUUAUUUGGCAUAUUUACCCUGGGAAUGCUGGUACCUUGGUCAAAUACAGUGGGCACAGCAGUGGGAGGAAUCGCCGGCUUCCUCCUGACCGGAUGGAUAACUUUUGGGGCGCAAGUUGCGGCAGCGUCGGGUCAACUUAAUCCCCAACAACUUCCGGUGUCCGUUGAAGGUUGUUUGGCCAAUGUAACCCUUCCUGAACAUUAUUGGCUGGACGAGGAGGAAGUGUUUCCAUUGUACCGUCUGUCAUUCCAUUGGAUAAAUCCCAUUGGUGUGCUUACAGUCGUCAUUGUGGGUUCCCUGGUAUCCCUGGUGACCAAACCCACAGACAUCAAGACUCUCGAUUCGGAUUUGAUAUCACCAGUUAUACAUAGGUAAGACACUUAGU